AUGUGGCAAGGCUGGCGAUGGAUCGUGCUCUUGCUUAACGCUGUGGCGGCGCAUUCACCAGUAGUUAAGAUUGGGGCAGUAUUCACGGAGGAUGCGAGGGGAGGGAGUACUGAGCUAGCUUUCAAGUACGCAGUGUACCGCAUCAAUAAAGAACGCACCUUGCUUCCGAACAGCACCCUGGUCUACGAUAUCCAGUGUACACCUGCCAGGGAUACCUUCAAGUCUUACAAAAGAGCGUGUACGCAAUUAAAGUCUGGUGCUGUGGGACUGUUCAGUGGAGCUGGUCCUCAGUUAGCAGCCACCCUCGACGCUAUGACCAGGAGUCUGCAUAUUCCUCACCUCACCGUUGGACCUUACGUCAAUGAUAACACAAACCACACAUUUACGGUAAACUUGUAUCCGCCAAAAGAUCUCAUUACGAAGGCUUUCUCCGAGUUCCUCAGCUACCUCAACUGGACCAGAAUGGGGAUCAUAUACGAAGAUUAUGGCUAUGGUGAAAUAAACCUACUGGACGUAGCAAAAGACGGGAGAGACAUGUAUGCAGUCCGAUGCCAUGAUCCUAAGGAGUAUAGAAGAGCAUUAGCCCAGCUGAAGGCGCAGCAGGUUGAACAUAUUAUAGUGGACACCGAUCCUAGGAAGAUCAGGCAACUGGCCAGAGCGGAUAUGGAACUAUUCGACCUGGAGGAUUUUUACUACAAUCGCGUCAAUAUGAGCGGCUGGAGGCUUGUGGAUAGAGACUCGGACAAGGUCAAGGAAUCUCUCCAGGUUAUGGAGAAGUUCCAUCCGAUAGGAGCUUCAAUAAUCAGCGGUGGCCAGAUAAAGACGGAACCAGCUCUUCUAUAUGACGCAGUCCAGGUGCUGUCCCAAGCGCUAGCGAUAACAGAGAAUGUUCACGCAGGGAACAUCUCCUGCGAUAGAGAUGGACCUUGGAACCAUGGGAGAGCUGUCUACGAGAACAUUAAUACGGUACAAGCUCAUGGCUUAACAGGUCCUAUGGAGUUCAAGAACGGAAUCCGGACCAAUUUCCAUCUUCAGCUAAUGAGGUUAUCGGGCGGAGAGAAGGGGGGUAUGGUGGUAGCUGGCACCUGGUCACCUAGCGAAGGUCUCAUCGUCUCAGAUCCUGCUGCUUAUAAAAGAAACCCUCCACCAAACGUGACACUUACUGUAGUGACGGUAGAGGAAAAACCGUACGUGAUGGUAAAAGAAGGCUGGAACUUACAAGGAAAUGCUCGAUUCGAGGGCUUCUGCAUAGAUCUGCUUGCCAGGGUAGCUGCCAGAGCAGGCUUCCACUACCGGUUGCGACUGGUCCCUGAUAACAUGUAUGGAGCGAGGGACCCUGAUACUGGACAGUGGAAUGGCAUUGUAAGAGAACUGAUGGAUAGGAAAGCGGAUAUCGCAGUGGCUUCCAUGACCAUCAACUAUGCGCGGGAAGCGGUCAUCGACUUUACUAAGCCCUUUAUGAAUCUUGGAAUCGGCAUAUUAUUUAAGGUACCGACGUCACAACCUACAAGACUCUUCAGCUUCCUUAACCCCCUCGCUGUAGAAAUAUGGCUGUAUGUCCUCGCUGCCUAUAUUCUAGUGUCUUUUACUCUCUUCGUCAUGGCUCGAUUUUCUCCAUACGAAUGGUCUUCGAGCACCCACAUCUGUGGCCAUGAGACGAAACUCCUCACAAAUCAGUUCAGUAUCUGCAACUCCUUCUGGUUCAUCACUGGCACUUUCCUGAGGCAAGGUUCUGGUUUAAACCCCAAGGCAACAUCAACACGCAUUGUUGGAGGCAUCUGGUGGUUCUUUACCCUGAUAAUCCUCUCAUCGUACACGGCAAACCUGGCUGCGUUUCUGACGGUGGAACGAACAGUGCUACCUAUCCAAAGUGCUGCUGACCUAGCCGCACAGAACAGCAUACAGUAUGGGACACUCAAUGGAGGAUCGACCAUGUCUUUUUUCAGGGAAUCAAACAUAGAAAUGUACCAAAAAAUGUGGCAGCACAUGUCGGCAGCAUCUCCCCCAGCACUCGUGUCCUCCUACGAAGAGGGCGUUAGGAGGGUACUGGGAGGGAACUACGCCUUUCUCAUGGAGUCCACCAUGCUGGAUCACAGAGUCCAGAGGGACUGUAAUCUUACGCAGAUUGGAGGACUGCUGGACUCUAAGGGUUACGGAAUAGCCACAUGGAAAGGCAGCCCCUGGAGGGACAAGAUAUCGCUUGCGAUAUUGGAGUUGCAAGAGAAGGGGGUGAUCCAGAUACUGUACGACAAGUGGUGGAAGAACACGGGAGAUGUUUGUAACAGAGAGGGGAAGGAUGGCAAGGCGAAUCCUUUGGGAGUUCAGAAUAUUGGUGGUGUCUUCGUCACUCUGCUUUGCGGUUUAGCAUUAGCCAUAGUAGUAGCAAUAUUAGAAUUCUGCUGGAAUACGAAGAAGAACGCAUCCCAGGGUCGACAGUCUCUCUGCAGUGAGAUGGGACAGGAAUUAAGAACAGCCAUGCAAGGUGGCUCGACUAGUAGGACGGUGCUAAGAGCAGGUUGUCCUAGAUGUUCGCCAGCUACGCAUGUACCACCAUCUUCAAGAUUUGAGCGCGGCCGCGGGCGCGGCGCCGCGUCUGCGCCCGCCUCGCCCGCGCGCACCCUCACCGCCACGCUCGGCAGGCACCCUCGGGCUCCUGCGCACCACAGUAAGUGUACAGGAGCUGCGCCCGCCUCGCCCGCGCGCACCCUCACCGCCACGCUCGGCAGGCACCCUCGGGCUCCUGCGCACCACAGUAAGUGUACAGGAGCUGCGCCCGCCUCGCCCGCGCGCACCCUCACCGCCACGCUCGGCAGGCACCCUCGGGCUCCUGCGCACCACAGUAAGUGUACAGGAGCUGCGCCCGCCUCGCCCGCGCGCACCCUCACCGCCACGCUCGGCAGGCACCCUCGGGCUCCUGCGCACCACAGUAAGUGUACAGGAGCUGCGCCCGCCUCGCCCGCGCGCACCCUCACCGCCACGCUCGGCAGGCACCCUCGGGCUCCUGCGCACCACAGUAAGUGUACAGGAGCUGCGCCCGCCUCGCCCGCGCGCACCCUCACCGCCACGCUCGGCAGGCACCCUCGGGCUCCUGCGCACCACAGUAAGUGUACAGGAGCUGCGCCCGCCUCGCCCGCGCGCACCCUCACCGCCACGCUCGGCAGGCACCCUCGGGCUCCUGCGCACCACAGUAAGUGUACAGGAGCUGCGCCCGCCUCGCCCGCGCGCACCCUCACCGCCACGCUCGGCAGGCACCCUCGGGCUCCUGCGCACCACAGUAAGUGUACAGGAGCUGCGCCCGCCUCGCCCGCGCGCACCCUCACCGCCACGCUCGGCAGGCACCCUCGGGCUCCUGCGCACCACAGUAAGUGUACAGGAGCUGCGCCCGCCUCGCCCGCGCGCACCCUCACCGCCACGCUCGGCAGGCACCCUCGGGCUCCUGCGCACCACAGUAAGUGUACAGGAGCUGCGCCCGCCUCGCCCGCGCGCACCCUCACCGCCACGCUCGGCAGGCACCCUCGGGCUCCUGCGCACCACAGUAAGUGUACAGGAGCUGCGCCCGCCUCGCCCGCGCGCACCCUCACCGCCACGCUCGGCAGGCACCCUCGGGCUCCUGCGCACCACAGUAAGUGUACAGGAGCUGCGCCCGCCUCGCCCGCGCGCACCCUCACCGCCACGCUCGGCAGGCACCCUCGGGCUCCUGCGCACCACAGUAAGUGUACAGGAGCUGCGCCCGCCUCGCCCGCGCGCACCCUCACCGCCACGCUCGGCAGGCACCCUCGGGCUCCUGCGCACCACAGUAAGUGUACAGGAGCUGCGCCCGCCUCGCCCGCGCGCACCCUCACCGCCACGCUCGGCAGGCACCCUCGGGCUCCUGCGCACCACAGUAAGUGUACAGGAGCUGCGCCCGCCUCGCCCGCGCGCACCCUCACCGCCACGCUCGGCAGGCACCCUCGGGCUCCUGCGCACCACAGUAAGUGUACAGGAGCUGCGCCCGCCUCGCCCGCGCGCACCCUCACCGCCACGCUCGGCAGGCACCCUCGGGCUCCUGCGCACCACAGUAAGUGUACAGGAGCUGCGCCCGCCUCGCCCGCGCGCACCCUCACCGCCACGCUCGGCAGGCACCCUCGGGCUCCUGCGCACCACAGUAAGUGUACAGGAGCUGCGCCCGCCUCGCCCGCGCGCACCCUCACCGCCACGCUCGGCAGGCACCCUCGGGCUCCUGCGCACCACAGUAAGUGUACAGGAGCUGCGCCCGCCUCGCCCGCGCGCACCCUCACCGCCACGCUCGGCAGGCACCCUCGGGCUCCUGCGCACCACAGUAAGUGUACAGGAGCUGCGCCCGCCUCGCCCGCGCGCACCCUCACCGCCACGCUCGGCAGGCACCCUCGGGCUCCUGCGCACCACAGUAAGUGUACAGGAGCUGCGCCCGCCUCGCCCGCGCGCACCCUCACCGCCACGCUCGGCAGGCACCCUCGGGCUCCUGCGCACCACAGUAAGUGUACAGGAGCUGCGCCCGCCUCGCCCGCGCGCACCCUCACCGCCACGCUCGGCAGGCACCCUCGGGCUCCUGCGCACCACAGUAAGUGUACAGGAGCUGCGCCCGCCUCGCCCGCGCGCACCCUCACCGCCACGCUCGGCAGGCACCCUCGGGCUCCUGCGCACCACAGUAAGUGUACAGGAGCUGCGCCCGCCUCGCCCGCGCGCACCCUCACCGCCACGCUCGGCAGGCACCCUCGGGCUCCUGCGCACCACAGUAAGUGUACAGGAGCUGCGCCCGCCUCGCCCGCGCGCACCCUCACCGCCACGCUCGGCAGGCACCCUCGGGCUCCUGCGCACCACAGUAAGUGUACAGGAGCUGCGCCCGCCUCGCCCGCGCGCACCCUCACCGCCACGCUCGGCAGGCACCCUCGGGCUCCUGCGCACCACAGUAAGUGUACAGGAGCUGCGCCCGCCUCGCCCGCGCGCACCCUCACCGCCACGCUCGGCAGGCACCCUCGGGCUCCUGCGCACCACAGUAAGUGUACAGGAGCUGCGCCCGCCUCGCCCGCGCGCACCCUCACCGCCACGCUCGGCAGGCACCCUCGGGCUCCUGCGCACCACAGUAAGUGUACAGGAGCUGCGCCCGCCUCGCCCGCGCGCACCCUCACCGCCACGCUCGGCAGGCACCCUCGGGCUCCUGCGCACCACAGUAAGUGUACAGGAGCUGCGCCCGCCUCGCCCGCGCGCACCCUCACCGCCACGCUCGGCAGGCACCCUCGGGCUCCUGCGCACCACAAUUCCGUUGGGUCUUUGAGAAGAACGACCUCGUACGUCCUCAAAGAGCCCCGAGAGAAGAAACAUGUGCAAAUCGUUGCGUAG